ACCGUAGAAACAUGAUAGAAAGUUGGAUAUUAUCACACAACUUCCAUAUCAAAACCGAAAUCACCAAAUUUUCUUUCAAAAAAAAUAUGUUUGUAGUUACUUUAUUGCAACAGGUACUUUGAACGAGCACUUUGACACCGCUUCCAUGCCCAACCGUCAGUCCAGGCCUUGAUCGUCCUAGAAAGGCGAAAAUGUAUUUGUCAGGUCACAAGUAACCAUUCUUAAUUUUGUGAUAUUGUUGUCAAUCGUAAAUUCGAAUGAAGAGACCUAAGAAUUAUAUUUACAACAAACCGAUAUUAUUUUUAACAAUACAUCCUUUAUACUGAACAUUCUUUUUUGUUUGCUUCUAGACUAAUUGUAAUCUGAUUAAAUUUUACAUCUAUGUCUUGUAAAAUACGCAAUCGUAUACUACACGUAAAAAGGCGGACCAGUCGAAGGUUGGUGAAAUUUACUCGUAAGAGGAGAACGUACUCAGAUCAAUAACUAAAUUUUUUUUCAAAAAUUCAUAUGAAAGUAAAUGAUGCAUAUCGCUGUGAAAUGAAAGAAAGAAGACAGAUAUAGGAAACUUGAAUGGCGAUUUAUCUGUCUUUAUUAGUGAUUGUGUCUUGGGAGGAUAUGCUCAAUACUUUGCAUUACCUUGUUGUAAUGUUAUAUUAGCAUGUAAAACGAUAAUGCUCCAAAAGCUCGAUCUCGCAAUGCGUCGGGCUGGCUUAUCUAGAGAGAGACGGUUUCCUUUCCCUCACACAGGCACAGCUCUAACUCGGCGGUCGACUAAAACACUCGCGAGUUCCACCAUUCAUCAAAUCAUGAGUCUACCGUCUAAAGAGAGACAUUUUUAGAAACUGUGUAGUUAUUUUAUGCGUGCAUAGAUAAAUCUAUGACUGAAUGGCUAAGCUCGAACUAAAACACGAGCGCUGGAAUCAGAUACCUGCCGAGAUGGCUACGUUAUUCCGUAAAAAACGGUUUAUCACGACGGCAAGCAGCGUAUCGCCAAUGUCAGUCACAAACGAUUAUUUAACGACAAUCGCUGAAGAGGUUUCAGAAGAAAUAAUAAACGAUGGAACGACCAACAACUACCGAGAUGAAUCAGAAGCAUAUGACAGCUGCGCGCUGUUAUACCGCAAGGAUGAUCCAGUUAGCUCUUUUAGCAAGGGCAGUAGCGCGCAGGACCGCCUUUGUCCACCACUGAACCAGUGCGACAACGGUUCUUUGACGAAUUCACGAUAUUUACACUUUCUCUGGCGGUGUGAAAGAAUCGAGCAAUGGAUUGCAGAGAAGGAGGUGUACAUAAGCGAAGAAAAUUUGGGUCGAACCCUUCCGUCGGUGUUGGUGUUUCUUAACAAGCAGAUUGCCUUUAAUAAUAGACUGUCUGCUUUUGCUGUAGAAGGAGUUUAUCCAUUGUUUGACUUGAAGGAUCAGCUUCUUAAAGGUGAUCAUAGUUUAAGAAGCAGAAUUAUAGAGAGACAUGCUCAGAUGCUUGCGAGAUGGCGCACCCUUCGUGAGACUUCAGAGGCGCGCGAAAUCCGGCUCAUGGAAAUGUACGCAAGAUGCAAAAAGGUCGAUGAGUUAUUGGCUAAAUUUGCCAGAAAAGCGGUCGCACUGCAUUUGUGGUGUCAUAAAGCUGAAAAAAACCUAAUUAGCCCUGUACGAUGCAAAUCGAUAGAAGAGCUGUUUAUACUACGAAAGACGUUUUCGCAGUUUUCAGCAACACUGUGCAAUAUUCGCGUAGAAUUCGACGAACUGGACAUGCUUGACGCUAAGUUGAGAAGCCUUGAAAACGUCCCUAGUAAUCCGUAUACACAUCUCACAGUAGUGUCUUUGCAGGAUAUUUGGAAAAACCUCGUCAACAAAGUCAACAGGCGUGAAGAGGAAAUAAAUAAAGAAACUAUAAGACAUGAAGAAAUCGCAAAAGUGCGAGCCACCUUCGAAUUUCACAGAUUUUCAUGGCUAAUUUGCAUUCCGAUGUUUGCACUACUUCGUUUCCGGUAACUAAACAAACAAUUCGUUCAUGCAGGGUAAUGGACCAGUACCCAUGAUGCUUCCUCAGGAAUCGGAUAUUAUGUAAAUACCUUUUAAACAAAAAUCCUGAAUCUAUAUGUGUGUCAAUUGCUGCUUUAUCUUGUCAUCCAUAUCCUCAUUUACAGAAUAUAUCUUCAAAUAUAUUCUAUAUAUACGUACAUAUUUCAUAUAUUUGACGAGCCACUAGCCCUAAAGAAAUGUAUUACUGUUGGGCAGUUUCGAUGAUCGCAUCGGCUAACAGGUGGACCCGGCGGGCAGCCCUGUCUUACUAUAAUCAUUAUCAACAGCCUUUGUAAUGGUAGAAAUGAUAGACUCUAAUUAUAAUUAUAUAUUUCCUCACUUAUAAGAUUUUUAAUAUUUUAGGUUGUCGCAUUCACACCGACUUUCUUCCAUUAAAAAGAUAUGUCACAGGGUAUUUUUGCUCUUUACUGUAGUAUUAUAUAUGCACGUGUGUUCAAAGAAACAUUCUGUUCGAUCAAUCUGAGUAGUGUUGUGAGUGCUUCCUAGAAGUACGAACCUAGCAUCACUAUGACCCAAUGAUAAUUUUUGUCGUAACCUGACUUAUUUUUGCAAGUAAUCAAUAUAGCUAAGAGUUAGUGUGGUUGGUGCUUCCAAUUUGGGGCACAGAACACGUGGGUAGAUAAAGCUUUGUUUCGAUUAAUAUUUUUUGCUUAUAAGAUGCCCGCUUGUUUUCGUUUAUUCUACUAGAUUCGAUAAAAAACGUUAUCGCUUCCGGCUAAGGGUUCGACCGAUUUUUCAAAAGCCGAUGAUAAAUUACGUGGAGUGCUGCGGGUCCCUGUAUCUGUUGAUUCUAGAACUGCAUUCCUAUCUGUCCACCGAGGUAUAACAAAAAUAACAUUUCUAUAAAUGUUUUCGUCUAGUUACCUUUGCCUAUGUAUUCGCCCGAUGCUAUAUAUGCUAGAGUCUCAUAUUAUCUUAUUGCUAAUAACAACUGACGUACGCAUUUUUUGCUUCACUUUUAAAUCUUUGUACAAACACCAGAGUCCACGUUUAGAUAUUUCGCGCAUUAUUGCAAAGCCUAUGCGAAUGCUUUCUAUAAUUGCACACCUUUUUCUCUGAGCCAACGCUUGACUUAAUACUGGUUAGAAGCUAGGAGGAUCCUGAUCUUCCUUAUACUUAUGCAAGCUCUUGAGACAUUUUCUUUGCAUCCACUAUAGACGUUGAACAUUUGACCUAGUCAUGCAACGCACUUGAAUAAUCCAUAUGUUAUCUGUAUGUUGAAUAUGUAGAAGAUCCGCUACACCCAGCUCUUUGUCUACACAUAUUUAAAAAAAAAAGUUCGUUGUUCAUUAGCAGGCCACAAUGGUGAUCAAGAACUAAAAUAUUGCAGAUACGGUCGUUUUAUCAAUGACGUAGUCUAUAUUAACAAAAACUUAACAAUUUAUUGCAUAAAUGCAAACAGCACUUCGUGGGGAAAUCUCUGAGAACUCACUCGGUCAACAUAGUGGAACAAAGGCUAAUUCUGACUAACUUUUUUAAUUGAGUUUUGUUUGUUGUUGUUCCAUAACAUACAGUGUAUAUCUGGAAAUAAGUAUGGUUUAUUCCUGAAAUCCCUUUCGAUAAUACCAUAUAUUAUUGAAAAGGUGUGAGUCUUUUUAAUUCGUUACUUUGCACAUAAUAAUUCAUUUUAAGAUUUAGACUUAUGUUAUUGCCAUUGUUAAUCAUCUAACAAUAUUUAACAAAGUUAAGCUAAGCUCUUCGGAUGAACGUUUGGAAUUAACUCUGGCCACGGGGCCAGUGCAAUGUAGAUCACAGCGGUAACAAAGAAAUCUGUCGAUAAGCAAAUUUUUGUCAUUGUUAAACGUUUUUCUCUGUAUUGUCAUCACAUUAUAGAAGAUGUCACACGCGAAAGUUGAAGCUUGUUCAAGAUUUAGCACAAAAGUUAACAGAGUGAGUGCACUGUUUAAGUGAAAAAAAACGAUGUUACAAUGCACUUAAUCAAUAAACAGAUGAAGAAUGUACGAUUUGAAGGAGAUGAAUA